AUGGGGAAAUCUGGUCCCGGUGUAAUGGAUUACGAUCAACGAUACAAAUUUCUUCUAAGUCAUGGUCGGAGUAAUAUAGAAUUCGGAGGUGGGAGUUAUAUGCGUAUAGUUGGUGGGUGGAGACCUGCAAAGUUCAUACUUGCAGCUGAGACGUUAGAAACAAUAGCUAUCUAUGGAGUUGCUUCAAACUUGAUGACAUACCUAACAGGCCCUCUCCAUCAAUCUACCGCUACAUCUGCAAUCAACAUCAAUGUAUGGUCUGCUGUUGUUUGGGUGCUUCCUCUUGUUGGUGCUUUUGUUGCUGACACUUAUCUCGGUCGAUUUCGGACCAUCAAAAUCUCUUCUUUCAUCUACCUGGUGGUAAACAUCUCUCUCUAUGAAUAUCCAGUUUCUACAAUUUUUCGCUUGAUAUUUAUCUUCAUUCAAGAAAAUUGGAGUUGGGGUGUUGGGUUUGGUCUUUCAUUGGCUUCAAUGGUAGUAGCAUCAGUUAUCUUUACGAGGGGAACCUAUCUUUACCGUUUUAGUCCGGUAGAGGAGGACAAACAAAAUCCUCUGUCAAGAGUACUCAAAGUUUAUAUGGCUGCGGCUAAAAAUUGGAGAAGUAUACCAUCCGCAGAGACUACCCAAGCAGUGGAUGAAAUGCUAUUGUCCAAUGAUGAGAUCCGUGGUGGUGCUCAUCAGCUCAGGUUCUUGGACAAAGCGUUGCUGGCAGACGAUAUAUCCACUGACCAGGUCGAAGAUGCAAGGGAAGUUCUAAGUUUGGUUCCGUUAUGGAUUACAUUAUUGAUGUAUGGAGUAGUGAGUGCUCAACCCUUGACCUUCUUCACUAAGCAAGGGAGCACCAUGAUGAGAUCAGUAUCAAGCUUCGAGAUACCAGCAGCAUCAAUGAUAACCAUUUAUUCUUUCUCUGUGGUUCUCUUUAUUCCCAUUUAUGAUCGGUUUGUGGUUCCUUUAGCUCAACAUUUCACAGGCAAACCCAAUGGCAUAACAAUACUUCAGCGGAUGUGUAUUGGCUUGGUUCUUUCUAUUGUCUCCAUGAUGGUAGCAGCUAUAGUUGAGAGGAAAAGACUUCGAAUUGCUUUUGAUUCCGGAUUGAUUGAUAUGCCCCAUGAGACGAUUCCUAUGAGCAUUUGGUGGUUGGCUCCUCAGUAUAUCUUGAUUGGUGUUGCUGAAGAUUUUACCGUGUUAGGUAUGCGAAAUUUCUUCCGUGAUCAAUUGCCAGAUAGAUUAAAGAACUUGGAUAAGUUUCUCUUUUUAAGUGCUCUUGGUGUAGGUGAGCUUCUCAGCGGGUUUGUCGUCUUUGCUAUUGAGAAGUUAACCAAUGCCAGUAGUCAAUCUAGUUGGUUUUCUGAGAAUCUUAAUCGAGCGCAUCUCGAUUACUUUUACUGGCUUCUAUCUGGACUUGGCGCCGUAAACUUAGUUGCCUACAUUUAUGCUUCAAAGAUUUACAUUUAUAAAACAGGAACUUCAGUUGAAUAUGUUAGUUAA